UCAUACGCUCGCUCAUUAAUGAUUUAACAAGGCGAUCACUCUUCUUCUCUGCCCUCAUUUUCCUCACUAGCAGGUCUACACACUGAACAAGAUGGACGGGUCCAGCAAAGAGGAAGAGGAAGACAGCACAUUCACCAACAUUUCCCUGACAGAUGACCCAGAUCAUUCAUCGAGAAGUUUGUAUCGGAGGCCCAGAAGGUUGUUCACCAAGAUGAUGAACGCUGACAUGGAUGCAGUGGAUGCUGAAAAUCAGGUGGAGCUGGAGGAAAAAACGCGACUUAUCAACCAAGUGUUGGAACUGCAACACACGCUUGAAGAUCUGUCUGCAAGAGUAGAUGCCGUUAAGGAAGAAAAUCUGAAGCUAAAAUCAGAAAACCAAGUUCUCGGACAGUAUAUAGAGAACCUCAUGUCGGCUUCUAGUGUUUUUCAAACAACUGACACAAAAAGCAAAAGAAAGUAGGGACUGGUUUCCCUCCUGUUUUAUGAAAUCGCUGCUGGUUUUUUUUUCUUUCUUUUCUUUUUUCCUUUCCAAUUUGGAUAGAUUCCAAAAGUGAAAGUCCUUUUGUUUGUGGCUUCAUUGAAUAUUUAUGAAGAUAAUGUCAGAUCUAGGCAGAAUUAACAGCAUAACAGGAGACAUUCUUGACUUUGUGUAUUCCGUUAGUCUAUGAAAACGUGCAGAUGUAUUGUAGAGACUUUAUAACUAGAACUGCAUAUAUUUAUGAAACUCGAUGACUGUUUUAGCAAAUUUGCUUCGGUUUAUAGGAUUAGCGCUGUCUUUUAUUCUAGACUUAGUAAGAGAUAGAAGAAAAUAACCAUGUUGUGAAAAAGUGACCAAAUCAUGUACUGAACACACAGCUUUUACGUACCCUGUCCACCGUUGCGUGCCUCUUCUCCGUUGGCCUCUCCCUUCUCAUUUCUUUUUUCCCUUAAGGAAAAAAAAAAAUGGUUUCACAUUUGUGAAAGUCAUUUUAAUAGUUCAUCAUCUAUGAAAGUAAUCUGAACUUUAACUGUUGAAACUUAACCAAGAUAAGAUUCUCUCUCAACUAGGACUUGCCAUUUGUGAUGUUUAGUACUGAGACAGUCUGGCUGGUUUCUCUUUGAUCAGUUGAAAACAGAUGGAGGCUAUAAAAAUGAAUUCUUUUGACACUGAAUCGUUAAAGUUUUGUUAUUAAAAACUUUCUUUUGCACAAAAUAACUCACUUGGUGUCUGAAAAGAUAGUUUGGAUAUGAGUUCUUGCUAUGUGUGUUUAAAACAGAAGUCCUGAGGAUGAAUCAAAAUAGGGUAGAAAAGUACUUGGUAAACAGCAGUAACCAGCUCCAAAUGUCUUCACUCCAGAUGCGUGUUUUCCUUGGCACAGAGCAGAUCUUCUGGGG